CCGCGAUGUAACCGAGGAAUACAACACGGAGGCUGGCAUUGAUAGUCAGAUAGAUAGGAUAGAGUUACCAAUUCCUUUUCUUUCCUUCUUCGAACACAACAGACACCUUCAAUCCGUAAAGAGCGAAAUCAAUCGAUCAGUGACUUACCACUUCCAUCAUGUCCCUUACCAAUCCUCAACCUCCAUACCCCCUCCACCCUUCCGUGCAGGACAAACUCGAUCCCGAAUAUGUCGCAUUCUACAACCAGUAUGUGAUGAAACAGCAGCAGGUCCAUCUGCAGCCUGUUGCGGCCUCGCGAUCGAGCGGUGUCCUGAUCCCAGGCGGGGGUCCUGUUCUGCCUGUUGGGCAGACCAUUGACCUUCGUCUUCCACGUCGCGUCACACAGGGCCCAGAAGUUCCUGUGCGUGUGUUUGUGCCAGAAGGCGCUGCCCCGGCAUCCGGAUGGCCGGUCAUGCUGUAUUUCCAUGGCGGUGGAUGGGUACUGGGGAAUAUUGACACGGAGAAUCCGGUCUGCUCGAAUCUCUGUGUGAGGGGUCGCUGUGUCGUGGUGACGGUGGAUUACCGUCUCGCACCUGAACAUCCCUGGCCCGCUGCCGUCCAUGACUGCUGGGAGGCUCUCCUCUGGUUGACUUCCCAAGGACCCUCUCAGCUUCCCAUCGAUAUCAGCAAGAUCGCGACCGGUGGAUCAUCAGCGGGUGGAAACCUGGCUUGCAUUAUCACCCAGAAAGCCCUGACACUGUCGCCCCCUGUUCACUUCAAGGCACAGCUGCUCUCCGUACCGGUGACGGAUAACACGGCCAGCGUGGAAACGAACCGUGCCUAUAAGGAGUACGAGCAUACACCGGCCCUUCCCGCAGCAAAGAUGCUCUGGUAUCGGAACCACUAUCUGCCGAAUCAAAAGGAUUGGGACAACCCUGAGGCGAGCCCCUUGUUCUGGACGGGCGAUUGGUCUGCCCUGCCUCGGGCUUUAGUCAUGGUGGGUGAGCUGGAUGUGCUGCGAACGGAGGGAGAACAGUAUUCCGAAAAGUUGAAGCAGGCUGGCGUUCAGGUGGAUUUGCAGGUUAUGAAGGGCAUGCCUCAUCCAUUCUUGGCUAUGGACGCUGUGUUGAAGGAGGGGAAACGGUCUAUUACUUUGAUGUGCGAUCUACUGACGGAGGUAUUUUGGACGAAGUCUUAGGGAGAAGCAACAGGGGUACC